AUGCUCCUGACGAAAAAUUCUUCAGUUCGUUCCUUGGUGUCUCACAUUAUUUUGGGACACUUCUUUACAUCUUACAAUAUCAUUGUCUCUGCAUAUGAUUUCGUGAUAAUUGGCGGCGGAACCUCUGGUCUCGUGGUAGCCAAUCGUCUAUCAGAAAUUCCCAACAUUACUAUCGCUGUAAUCGAGGCCGGCUUUUCGGUUCUUAACAAUACCAAUGUCAGCAGUGUAGAUGGAUUUACAUUAGGUCUCAACACAGCAAUUGACUGGCAAUAUGCGACGACGAGUCAGACGUAUGCCGGUGGUAGAAUACUGGGAUAUAAUGCUGGAAAAGCAUUAGGGGGAACGAGCACGAUCAAUGGAAUGACCUACGUACGCGCAGCAUUGCAACAAAUUGAUUCAUGGCAAGUUGGACUUGGAAAUACCGGUUGGAAUUGGUCUACACUCUAUCCAUACUACAAGAAGAGCGAGAGUUUUACAAUUCCAACUGCAGCUCAAACAGCAGCAGGCGCAUCGUAUAUCCCGGCGUUUCACGGACAAAAUGGACCUCUUAAAGUUGGAUAUGCGUAUGAUCUUAACAACGGCACACUUUUCUCCCAAGUAGGGAGAGCGUGGGAAUCUCUCGGCGUGAAGAGAAGUCGAGAUAUAAAUGGCGGAAAUGUAACUGGACACAUGGUGGGACCAUCUACGCUGGACCGAGAGAAGAAUAUUAGAGAAGAUGCCGCGAGAGCUUAUUACUAUCCUGUACAGGGUAGGCCAAACUUGCAUGUAUUUUUGAAUACUACCGCCAGAAGAAUCGCUUGGGCUGGUAAUUUGGGAGCAACGUAUACGGCAGGUGGUGUAGAAGUUUUAAACACAAACGGUGAGAUUGAGAUUAUUAAUGCGACAAAGGAGGUUAUUGUUUCAGCUGGAAGUUUAAAAUCCCCAGCGAUUUUGGAGCUGUCCGGCAUCGGGAAUCCAACCAUCUUGCAAAAAUAUGGUAUACCGACCAAGAUAAUUCUUCCUGGCGUAGGAGAAAAUCUUCAAGAUCAACCUAACAACGCAUUUGCCUAUGAAAGCAACACCACAUACAACGGAACAGUGCCAUAUGUAACAUAUGCUCCAUUAUCUUCCAUCCUUCCGAGUGUGCCAGCUGCGAAUCUCAGUGCUUGGGCAUCCUCAAUAUCUGCAGCAAUCAAUGGUUCAAUUUCACCUGGCGCCAUGAAUUACCUCUUGACCAUACAAAAUGAUCUCAUCAACCAAAAUGUCCCUGAUAUCGAGGUCAUCUUUGGGAACACAGUAAACACCGGAUCUGGGCCCGGAACAUAUCUCUAUACAGCCUUUUGGACCCUCUUACCAUUUUCUCGAGGGAAUGUGCAUGUUUCUUCUGCGGACCCUGCCGUAUAUCCAGCUAUUAAUCCGAACUUCUUUCUCGUGGACUUUGAUCUGAAAGUCCAAGUGGCUAUUGCAAAAUGGACACGGAAAUUCUGGGCAGCCAAAGCAUUGGCGAGUGCAUUUACGGAAAUGUCACCAGGAUAUUCUGUUGUUCCCAAAAAUGCUACGGAUUUGCAAUGGGAAACUUGGAUCAAAUCAACAUUUGGCUCAAACAAUCAUCCUGUUGGCACGUGCUCUAUGCAGGGGAUAACGUCUGGCGGAGUCGUGGAUUCGAAUUUGAAGGUCUAUCGUACCAGUAAUGUGCGAGUAGUCGAUGCAUCCAUUUUGCCUCAUCAGCUUAGUGGACAUUUGACUAGUACAUUGUAUGCUGUUGCAGAGAAGGCAAGCGACAUCAUCAAGAACAUGUAUGGAUUCGCAUAA